CGCGGCCGUGGCUCCAGGCAGUCCACCCUCAGUAGAGGCAACGCUCUUGUGGAGUACAGACGCUCUUCGGCCGCUCGGGUGUAGGCGUGGUAUUUUUUUGCGAGUGUGUGUGCGUGUGUGUUCGCUCGCGCGCGCGUGUGAGUGUGUAUAUAUCUCUCUACGGGAAAUGUCAGUGCACUCGGGACUGGUGACAGUGGCUGAUGACUAGCGAUAGGAAGAUAGGAGGAGCCCCGAGCGUGUGGCCCCGCUAAGUGGACCUCUGGUGACGGAGUUGAAGGUGGCCGCAGCGUGGCGGCGGCAGCAGCAGCAGCUCAGUGUGUGUGGAGACGCUGCACCAUCCGGGUGUGUGUGUGGGUGCGUGUGUGUUGGUGUCAGGUGUAGGCCGGGGCGUGUGUCUCCCGUGUGCGCUAGUGUUGACGGGGCUAGCGGCCAGGUGUGUACACACAGGUGGCCCAGCCUCCCACAUCCCACCACCACCAGUAUUCCCGCUACCCCCACACUGCCCACACUCUCUCAGCUACCCUGCCCACACCCUCCUGCACGCCCCCUCUCCCCCACACGGCUCGCGCGGACUCCUCCUCCACCUACAGUGGAGACAUAUUACAAAAAAAAAGUGCGAGGGUUUGUCAUAGUGGCAACUGAACGUUGAGGUCAUUGUAUUUAGUGAAGUGGGGGAGAGAUAGCGAGGGAGGCGGCAUGCACUCUGCCCAGUCAGGGUAGAGCAGCGGUCGAGCGCGCACGCCGCCCCGGACGUCACCUCCACGCUCUUGCUCCGCCCUCUCGGUUUUUAUUUAGGUUCUAAGUGUUCAAAAAGUCUCUAGGCCUACACGAGUGGGCUGUGAGCUGGCCUGUACCAGGAGGCCCUACGCGUGUGUGUGUGUGAACUGGCUGCAGGCCUACCCGCGUGGACUGUGACAAGUUUAAUUGGACUUGUGUCCGAUUGAAGAAAAUUGUACUGACCGUGAUUUAAAAGUAUUUGUGUCGACCCAUUCCAAGUUUGUAGUUGAGAGCUGCAGUGAACUAGAAAAUGGUGCAAUUGCGGUGUGUGAUUUAGAGAUUUGCAAAGAAGAACCUUUUUUAAAUAUGCUAGACGGUGCAGCGUUCAAGACGUGAUCUGUUAGUGUCUUAAGUAGAGUAGUUAUAAGUCAUACACGAUCGUUAAUAAUUGCAAACACACCCAUUAGGUCUGUGAAACUCUGAAGUGCAAACAAGUUGAACGUGAACCAUUAUUAACACAAAACCAGCACAAAUACCGUCCAAUAAGUGCAUAUGGCGUAAGUCAUUGGUGGUGUUUUAUCAGGCGAAGAUCUCGAGGAACCGCUUCCGUGGCCAACAGCGUCGCCACAACCACUCAACAACAGCGGCUCAUCACACACUGACGCCAUUGCUGCAGUCCUAAUUCUGUGUCCAAGGGCCGUAGCGUGUAUUUAAGGAUUGAACAACUACCCCUAGGUCCUUGAAGCCUAGGUUAACGACACCCUCCCUACCCAUCGUCACAAGAAUGACUUCGCUCAACUCCCUGUUCUCGUUCACGUCGCCGGCGGUGAAGAAGCUGCUGGGGUGGAAGCAGGGCGACGAGGAGGAGAAGUGGGCCGAGAAGGCUGUCGACUCGCUGGUGAAGAAGCUGAAGAAGAAGAAGGGGGCCAUCGAGGAGCUGGAGCGAGCCCUCUCCAGCCACGGCCAGCAGUCCAAGUGCGUCACCAUUCCCAGAAGCCUCGAUGGUCGUCUACAGGUGUCCCACCGUAAGGGGUUGCCACAUGUGAUCUACUGCAGGGUGUGGCGGUGGCCAGACCUACAGAGCCACCACGAGCUCAAGCCCCUCGAGCACUGCCAGUACCCAUUCUCAGCCAAACAAAAGGAAGUGUGCAUCAACCCGUAUCACUACAAGCGGGUUGAGAGUCCAGUUUUGCCACCCGUGUUAGUUCCUCGGCAUUCUGAAUUUGCUCCAGGGCACUCUCUCCUGACGUUCCAACAGCAACUGCCAGAGCCCAUGCCCAACAAUGUCUCCUUCUCCCAAAAUGGCUUUGUCCACUCAUCAGUAGGUGGAACGUCACAUUCACAAAUUGGAGGUGGGAGUAUGACUGGUAUAAACCAACCUCCGUCACCUGUUGGGAGUGUAGUCAGCCCCACUAGCCAGAGUCCACACAGUCCAUAUGGCAGUAUCACAAGUGGCGGGAGCUUAAGUGGCCUGAACCAGCCUCCUUCUCCGGUGGUCAGUCCUGCAAGCCAGAGCCCACACAGUCCUUAUGGCAGCAUCCCGGCAGAUACUCCGCCGCCGAUAUAUACUCCCCCAAGUGAAGACAUAAAACAGACCCAGAACGCAGAUACAGCCAUGGAAACUGUUUCUGUUGGCACUAUUAUUAAUCCAAACGUUACUCCUGUUAACUACCAGGAACCGACUUUUUGGUCGACUAUAGCUUACUAUGAGUUGAAUAACAGAGUAGGAGAGGUGUUUCAUGCACAAACCCAUUCAGUCAUCGUUGAUGGCUUCACAGAUCCAAGCAACAACUCGGAGAGAUUUUGCCUAGGUUUGCUCUCAAAUGUUAAUCGUAACUCUACCAUUGAAAAUACGAGAAGACACAUCGGUAAAGGAGUCCACCUAUACUAUGUUGGUGGGGAAGUCUAUGCGGAAUGCUUGUCUGACUCGGCUAUUUUCGUCCAGUCCCGUAACUGUAACCACCACCAUGGCUUCCACCCGUCUACGGUUUGCAAAAUCCCCCCUGGAUGCUCACUUAAGAUCUUCAAUAAUCAGGAGUUUGCUCAGCUUCUCUCUCAGAGUGUCAACCAUGGCUAUGAAGCUGUGUUUGACCUAACAAAAAUGUGUACCAUCAGGAUGUCAUUUGUGAAAGGCUGGGGGGCUGAAUAUCACCGGCAGGAUGUAACCAGCACACCAUGCUGGAUUGAGAUCCAUCUUCAUGGACCCCUGCAGUGGUUGGAUAAAGUGUUGACACAAAUGGGUGCACCAGAUGACCGUAUCUCUUCAGUUUCCUGAGUCCAGCUCGUGUCAACUAUAUGUACCCCAUCACAGCAGCAGAACUCGAGUGUCUUGCUCCAACCAAACAUUUGCCCCUCACAUUCUGACUCAAGUUAUCUCAUAACCUUACAGCGUUUGUACUCUUGUGUCUCAUUUUGUUACAUUAAAGUAUGCCAUUGAUAUUUAGUCUUGUGCUGUGAGCUCUGUAUUUCCUGCAUCACACAAUGUGAUAACAGCCAUAGAAUUAGGGGCUUUCAAAUUUAUCCUCAUAUUGUUUGUCUUUUAUAUUGAUAUUAUAAGCCAUAUUCAAAAUUAACACUAUAUGCUUUGACUUCUAGUCAUCACAGUACGAUGAAGCACCUUUGUACACAUCACUAGUUCAUUUCCCAUUUUCCUUUGUUUGACAAUCAUUAACACAACUAUAAAUUCCACCUCUGUUCUACAAUAUUAUAGUGUUAAGUAUCGGAAAAGAAUAGUCAGGAUCUGAAUGACGUGUAGAUUUUGAUUGCUGUGGAUCACUUGAUUACUUUGAAAGGUGUUUGAAAGAUUUUUUUUUUUUAAAGUACUGUUGAGUCUAAUUUGGAUUCAAAGCGUGUAACUGGCAUUAGUUAUAGUCUGGAGGAUAUGUAGUUCAGAAAUAAUAAUAAAAUCUAAGACACAUUUCAGUGUGGACUAAGUAUAUUUAAUAAAUUUCAGCUGUACAAUAUUUUUAAGAUUUUGAUUAAAAUGAAUUGGAGAAGAAACAAUGAAGAUGACCCUGUACUGGUGUUUGAGAAGAGAUUAAAUGUUCAAGUUUUAAGUUACAGAUUUUGAAGGGAGUCUAGAUGUGACAUAAAUGAAUUAUAAGAUUUAUCUUUCCUUCAACACUUGCCUUUUUUUUUAUAUAUAUAUAUAUAUAUAUUGUGCACGACCAACUUUAACAAUAUUAAUACUGUAGUUUGUGUUCAAGGUUGGGGAGGGAAUAUGAGGGCGGGUGGUGCUCGUGCAGGAAAGGAUUAGUUUUUAUGCAGCCAACACAGGACAUAAGAAUUGAAAAUAAUUAAGUUGAUGCUGUUUAAAUUUGUUUAAAGUUUUAUUAGUUUUUUUUGCAUAAAACCAGAAAUCCACAAAACUUAUUACAUUCUCUUGGGUAGAUGGUUUUCAGUUCUUUGUUACUGACUUAAUCUCUACAUAGUAAUAUUGUAUGUGAAUUUUCAGUGAUAUCAGACGAGGAACUGUUUGUUAAAUUUUGUCAUUACAAUUUGAUCCUAUGUGGGUAAUUUCAAUUGAAUUUUUAGUGAUUAUAAAUCGUCCUAGAUGUUGGCAGCUCUUAAACUGCAAUGUUCAACAAAGAAUAAGAGAUUCUCUUAUACUCUAACAUUGGAUUUAUGUUAACAUGUGUACACAGGUUAAGACCGUCAUUCACAGUGUGAGCUGGUGUGGCUGUCAUAUGGAGUUUUAUUAUAUCUAAUGUAUUUAUGGCUAAAUGCCAUUUAAUGGAUAUAUAUAUAUUAUUUUUUUAUUUGUUUUUAAAUAGAUCUCAUUGUGUUUAUUUUUUGUGUGUAUUACAAGAAAAUGAGUUCACACAGCAUGUUCUUCCUCAGUUUAUUAUGCUUUUCUGUCACAUUUAGUAAUUCUAUUAUGCGCAUGCUAAUGGACAUCAGUUUAUGUAGUGCUUGAGGAAUGCUGUGGGAUAUAAGAUUAAUCAAAAUCAGAUUGUUUAGAUACUUUAUGAAGCAAGUCAGAUUCACCAGGAUACUUGUAAGCUCGGGUAGGAAGUUUUAGUGAAGUAAAAGUGAUACUCGUGAAAUGCUUCAGUUUCUCAUCGAUACAAAGUUUGUGUAUGUAUGGUAAAUACGAGUUGCACAUGUCACAAGGUUUAAAGCUAAUGUCACACAAAUUAUUCUGUGCCUCAUGAUUUUUUGAAUACCGUCCACAGUUGUUAGGUAAAAUUUGUAUGCAUAUGUGCUUCACAAACGAGGCAUUGUAUAAUGCAGUAUGAUUUUAGAGUAAGAUAUACAGUAGUCCCUCUUUUUAUUACCGGUGAGAAAAUGUAAUUCUUAUAAUAUCCUAAAAACAUGUAAUAUAAAUAAUUGGGAAAUUUGUUUAUAAUGUCUUAUCAUUAGUCAUAGUUUUCUUGAUAAAGUCCAUACAAAUAAUUAAUUUUUUUAAUAUAAUUUAUUUCAAGGUAAUAUUUUAAGGGGACCCUUUUAUUCAUUAUAAUAUUUCUGAUUUAUCCCUUUUUAUAAUAUAGUUAAAUUUCAUAUCAGAGUAGCGAUAACUUUAAUAGUUAACAUGUUUUAUUAGAUAUUUUGUGUACAAUAAUGAUCGUGUUGCAUCCAUACUGAAAAAAAUAGCUCAGGUAGGCUUAUCAGGCUUUUUUACAAUGGAAACUUAAGUUUCUUUGCCACUGAAGUUAGAAGAAAGUGGAUUUAACAUUGCAAAUUUAUUUUCCAGGAAUGGUCAUGUUGUUUGAAAGACAAAUUUGUAAGAACACAAAAUGGAAACUAAGUUGCAAAUGUUUGUCAUGAAUGGUAUGUGUAAAGCAAUUUAAUGCAAUUCAAGUUUUAAUCUUGUGCUGUAGGGGUAUGACACUUCUUCACCACACUUGAACUAUAAAGAUCCCAAUGAACAGCAGGGAAGGAAAAGCUAAAACAAUAGCAUUAAUUACCUGCUUUACUUAAAUCCGAAUCCGUGUGACUUCAGUAACCUAUACUGUAAUUUUAUCACAAUUUUAGAUUUAAUUAGGUGUUUGCAGAGAAUUGGCGACUUGAUAAGAGGAGCCCAUUAAAUAAACUUUAUUAAUUAGGUUAGGUCCAAUAACCUAGCCAAGUGCAUCGUCAAAGCACCAUGGACUUCGUGCAGUAAUAUCUUUUGGUCGUUCAUAGAAAUCUGUAUUUUUUAAAUACCAAUUAACUGCUUUCAGAGUCUGUCUUUACUGUACUGUUAAUUGUCGACAAAUUUGCUUUAUUAUGAAACUGACAAUAUGGAUAUAAAGAUAAUUAUUGCUAUGUCCUCUUAAUAAUUUUAUUGCAUGUAGACCUGAGGAAAUGCCCUUUCAGAUCAAUCAAACUGUACAGUAAUGAGAAGGAAUAUUAGCUUGUACGUAUAUACGAGAUUAUGGUGCAAAGACAGCAUUGUUUGCAACAGGUGAAGCCAUGUAGGGUCAGCAAUACAUUCAUUAUGUACAGAUUAUUAAAAAAAAAAAAAAAUUGUCAUGGCCCAAGACCAACUAACCCCUCAUACCGAGUGACUGUCCACUCAUAAAAGAUAAAGCUUUAUACCGUAGAGAAUGCAGUUUUAUCCUACGUUUUCUAUUUUUUCUUAAAUAUUUAAAUGCUUUUGUUGAAAUUAAUAUUUUCUGCUCAUGAAUCAAAUUGCAGUAUAAUUUUGACCUACUUAAAACUAAUUUUGUUUUCCUUUCUCUUUGGGUAAAUUUUUUGUAUGAGAUGCAUAUACUGUUCUAGCUUCUGUAAGUUUGUUAGUCGUAUUACAAUUUAAUAUUGAAGCAAAACAAGUAUUGAAGGUUUCUUCAUUUAUAAGUAAAAAUUUCUUAAGUUUUCAGUUACUUAAGACUUGAUGCCAUAUUAUUUUACCCAUGUUAAUGAAAUCAUUUCAGUGUAGUUCUCGGAGGUAGUUUAAAUAUUUCCAUUGUGACUAUUAUCCCAAAAAUGUACGUGUGUGAAGACGGACCAAUGUAGGCAUUAUUUGGGCAAAGAGUGAAUUUGCACAAGUACUUGUGGAGAGGUGGUGCAGGUGGCCAAGCUCUGCCUGGGUCUUGUAAACCUAAACACCGUUUUUUAUUUUAAGGUUAAGAGUUGGUGGAUUUUGUAAAUAACUAGAUCUCUGCUCUGUUCCAAAGCUUUGUAACCUCGUGCACAGGUUACGUUGGGGUUACUGUUGGGAAGAAGUUGGUCAUAUUUAUUAUUAUAAAUUGAUUUUGUACCGUACAUUGUUUCUAUUAUUCAUUAAUGGUAUUUUAGCUACUUUGUAAAUUUCAUGUAAAACAAUUAUCACUUGAGAGGAAAUGUCUAGGAUUAAUUUUUUUUUUUUCAGUGAAUAAAGUGCAUUUAGUUUAUUUUUGUGCUAUACCAAGGUUGCCUGAUAAACAUUUCUUGUACAUUUUCAUAUGUUUGUGAAGUUAUACAGUAUGAACCAAUUGGUUAAAACUAACUGCUCUGCAAGUAUUGAAAUGAGAGUAAGGGAAGUAUUGAGGGGUGGAUAGAUUGAUUCAUUAAUUGUAAAUGAGAUUGUGUUCUCUUAGCCUCAUCACAUUGAUUUAUACUGUAUACCUGUACUCAUAGUUUGUAUAAAUUCAGUCCAGAUUACUGGUCCGUUGAUAAUAUAGGGUUAAAGCACUGGGUAAGACUUCUUGCUGUACAGCAUAGUAUUGAUGUUAGAUGAUUUCUAUCUACUUAAAAGCAAGAGAUCUUUACAUAGUCAAUUGUUGAUCAAAUUACAUUUCAGAUUACUUUGCUAUUUUCUUCUAAAUUGUGCAAAUUAGUUUAAGAAUAUUAAGAUAGAUGUAAUUAAACUGACAGUUAUUUUUAAAUAUUUAUUUCUAAGAAUAUUUUCAAAAGGUGAACAAUGUUCUACCAUUGCAUAUGUUCCUGAAAUGUGGAAUGUCAGUGAAAAUCUGGACCAUUAUGCUUGAAUGUGAUAUAAUAAUUUUUCAUGGUUUUACCUAAUUGUGACAUGUAGAGCCAAGCUACCUAGUUGUGCAAUAAGUGUUGCCAUAAUUUUGAAUACUGCUGUAACAGACCAAUGAACGGUAAAAUAUUUUAAUUUCAUGCAGUUGUCAUUGUGUGAUGUAAUUGUAAGGAAAUAAAAUCAUGUUUCUAGAA